CUCAAUGAAAAAGUUCAAAAAUAUGGUGACAAAUUCUCAAAAGUCGUGUGUUGAUUGUAUUCCUCUAAACUAUAAUUCACUCACACUCAAUCUACAAUACUUUGUCUAUUAAGCUUCCUAUUUGCAUGAACUACAUUCUCUUCACUAAUAUGACACAAUAAUAAUAAAAUGUCAUGUGUCUAUUUACAUUUAAAAAAAAAAAAAGAUUUCUAAUUUUUUCUCCCUUAUAUUUUAGAUUUAAAAUUGUACCUAUGUCUAUCUAUUAUUGUGUCAUUUUAGUGGUGAGAAAGAGCGUCCUACACUCCUACUCCAUAAGCAAGUAUUGUCUAUAUAAGUUGUCAUUUUUCUGUAUUGAAAUCACAAUUACAUACCAAUAACAAAAACUAAAACAAAUGGAGUCUCUGCCUCUCCAUCACUGCACUGUCCAAAAGUUAUCGGCCAUCAUCAACCGAUCACACGUAUUCCUUCACUGCAUGGUUUUAAUAGCCAUGAUUUACUACAGAGCUUCUUCAUUUCUUUACCCUGAAAACACCCAAACACUACCCUUCUUGCCAUGGCUUCUGGUCUUUUCUUCAGAACUGAUUCUCUCCUUUAUUUGGCUCCUCAAACAAGGUUUUUUUUGGCAGCCCGUUACCAGAACCGUCUUCCCUGAGAGGUUGCCCGGUGACGAAGAACUUCCAGCUGUCGAUGUGUUUAUAUGCACUGCAGACCCCAAGAAGGAGCCACCCGUGGGAGUUAUGAACACUGUUUUAUCAGCCAUGGCUCUUGACUACCCACCAGACAAGCUUUCUGUAUACCUUUCUGAUGAUGGUGGUGCUUCAGUGACUUUGUACGCCAUGAGGGAGGCUUGGGGUUUCGCGAGGUUGUGGUUACCAUUCUGUAGGAGGUAUGGAACCAAGACGAGGUGCCCAGAGGCUUAUUUUUCAUCGGUACUUGAUGAUGAUAAUCAUGGUGGUGACACUGAGUUUACUAAACACAGAGACAAUAUUGAGAGGAAGUAUGAGGAGUUCAAGGAACGCGUGAGCUUAGCUGGACAAAACGUUGCCAAUAAUGCUCAAAGUCACCCACCAAGUAUUGAGGUGAUAGGCCGCAAUAAUGUUAAGGCAGUGGAGUCUGACCAAGCUGAGAUGCCUCUUCUUGUAUACAUUUCUCGUGAGAAAAAGCCUUCCCAUCCUCAUCAUUUCAAAGCCGGAGCCCUUAAUGUUCUUCUGCGGGUCUCUGGUAUCAUAAGCAAUGCCCCAUAUAUAUUGAUAUUAGAUUGUGACAUGUACUCCAACGAUCCAAAAUCUGCUCGGCAAGCGAUGUGCUUCCAUCUUGAUCCCAAACUCUCUCCCUCGCUUGCGUUCGUUCAAUUCCCUCAGAAAUUCCACAAUGUCAGUCAGAAUGACAUCUACGAUGGCGAGUUGAAAUCAACAUUCAUGAUAAUGUGGCAAGGUACGGAUGGGCUUAGUGGACCACUAAUUUCUGGUACAUGCUUCUACAUAAAAAGAAAGGCAUUAUAUGGGAGUAAUAUACAUAACGGUGUGGAUAUCCCUCAACUAAGACAAUCUUUGGGUCCUUCAAAUGAGUUCAUGGGGACACUUGGAAAGAGUUACAAGCGCAUAAACAUCGACGAUGAAGACUUAUCAAAUAAAUUGUUACAACAUGCCCAAUUUUUAGCCUCUUGCGCAUACGAGAAACAAACAAAAUGGGGUCAACAGAUUGGUUUCUUGUACAAUUCUGUGGUAGAAGAUUACUUUACAGGGUUCAUGUUGCACUGCAAAGGGUGGACUUCUGUUUACUGUGAUCCUUCGAGGCCAGCAUUUUUGGGCAGCGCGACAACGAAUUUGAAUGACACAUUAGUUCAGGGCACCAGAUGGAUGGCUGGGCUGCUAGAAGUUGCAUUCUCAACGUUCUGCCCCCUUAUAUAUGGACUAUCGCGAAUGUCCAUCCUCGAGACCAUGUGUUAUGGAUAUCUUGCAUUCAUUCCCCUCUAUUGCAUCCCCCUAUGGUGUUUGGCUACUAUACCACAACUGUGUCUCUUGAAUGGCAUCCCAGUAUACCCUGAGGUUUCAAGUUCGUGGUUCAUUAUAUUUUCACUCAUUUUCUUUUCCUCCCACUUAAAACUUUUCUGGGAUUUCUACUCCAUAGGAGAUGGAUCAAUUCAGAGAUGUUUGAAUGAAUGGCGUAUUUGGAUGAUAAAAUCUGUUACAGCCUAUUUAUAUGGAAGUUUGGAUGCUAUCUUCGAGUUAAUUGGUAUGAGAGAGGCAAGUUUCAUAGCAACGAAUAAAGUUACUAGCGAUGAAGAAGUUAAAUUAUAUCAAAUGGGGAUAUUUGAUUUCCGAACAUCAACUAUGUUUUUGGUACCAAUGGUCAGCUUGGUAAUCCUCAAUAUGGUUUCUUUCACUGGGGGAAUAGCUCGAGCAACCUUUGAAGGGGGAUGGAAUCAGAAUUUUGCACAAGUUUUCCUCUCACUUUUUAUCUUAAUUGUGAAUUACCCUAUAAUUGAAGGGAUGAUUUGGAGGAAAGACAAGGGAGGCAUUCCCCUUUCCAUCACGUUAUUAUCAGUCACAUUUGCUUUGAUCUUCUUAUUUUUUGGUACAAUUGCUCUUAUGUAUGUGAGAUGAAUUUGAAGUUUAGAUGGUGCUAAGCUAUAGUCUCGGACUUCAUUUUUAACAGGAAUAUUAUCUGUCACAUUUUCUUUGAUCUUAUUGUUCUUUGGUAUAAUUAUUUUAAUGUCCGUUAGAUGAAUUUUUAGUA